CUUUAUUUCGUAGCUCGCUAAUUUUGCGUCGGUCGAUGUCACUAGCGAUCGACGAUCGAGGAUUACGCGUGAAGUAUGUUAACUGGAUUGAUUAAACCGCGAGUGACACGAGAGAUGAAACUGAUUAAAGUCCUGUGGAGGAACUCCACUGUCGUAUAUAAGAACGGAGUGCAGUGUAUAUCCUUGAAACAUAAAAGUACUACAACAUCAAAUGUGGCUGAGGUAGCUGUGUUUUCGCGAGACGGCGACUCUGGAAUGACAAUCACAGAUGCUGGAGACACAAAGCCGAAGGAUGAUAUGAUCUUCAACGCUCUGGGGGCGACUGACGAGUUAUCGUCUUACAUAGGACUGGCGAGAGAGUUCGCUUGUGACAGCAAAGUUGAGCAUCCAUAUGUUGAUAAGCUCAAAAGAGUACAAAUGAUCUUGUUUGAUCUGAAUCAUGCCAUUUCAAAGUCCAUGCCUGGAAAGACUAAGUCCUUUGAAAACAAACACACCAAAGAUUUGGAAGAAUGGAUUCUCGAAUACGCGAAUCAGCUCCCUCCUCCCGAGGAUUACAUCAUUCCAGGCGGUGGAAAAGCUUGUGCUUCUCUGCAUGUUGCACGAACGGUAUGCAGGCGUGCUGAGAGGAGUAUCACAACAUUAGUACGAGAGGGUGCCCUAGAUAAAGAGGCACAAACAUAUUUAAAUAGAUUAUCGGAUUUCCUUCUAACAGUAUCACGUAUUGCGGCCAAAUGUGAUCAACGUACGGAAAAUAUUUAUAUUCCGCGAGCGGAUGUGAUGGAUGAGAAAUAAAAGGACUGAUUUACAAA